UGUCGCAGUGUGUUUUUGUAAUUCAAUAGAGAUGAACGGCCGGUCCACAACUUGUUAUGUAUUAUUUACGUUAUUUAAUUAUUUGACUAGCGUCAGUACUUUGUCCUAUUCACUAAAUGACGGACAUACGAUUCCAGCGGUUGCACUAGGUACUAGUUUAGGACAUUUGGCAGACGGAACAAGAGUGUUACCAGUGAACCACUCGCUCGCACACGCUGUAGAAUGGGCGCUGGAAGCCGGUUACAAGCACAUUGACACCGCUGCCUUGUACCGCGUCGAGGAUGAAGUCGGUCUUGGCGUACAAGACUAUAUACGGGCCAAUAGUGCCAAUAGGAGCGAUGUUUACGUCACCACCAAAUUAUGGAACGACGCGCAUGAACGAGACGAUGUGAUACCAGCUCUGAGGAAGUCGUUAAAAGAAUUGCGCCUAGAUAAGGUCGAUCUGUAUCUCAUGCAUUAUCCAAUGGCGUAUACGAAAAAUGGCGAAAUCAGUGAUACGGACUACUUGGAGACUUGGAAAGGCUUGGAAGAUGCUAAAGACCAGGGCCUCACAGAUUCUAUAGGAGUUUCGAAUUUCAACAUCACCCAAAUGACGAGAUUGUGGGAAAAUUCACGAAUAAAACCAGCUGUUUUACAAAUUGAGGUAAAUCCUACAAUAACAAAUGAUGAGCUAAUAAACUGGUGCCAGGAGCGUGGAGUAAUUGUUAUGGCAUAUACACCAUUUGGCGCAAUACUUGGCCGCAAAAGUGACGCGCCGCCACCACGAGCUGACCACCCGGUGCUUUUGCGCUUGGCUGCCAAGUACAAGAAAACCGUGCCGCAAAUACUGCUAAGAUAUUUAUUGGAGCGUAAAUUGGUCGCUAUUCCAAGGUCUACGAACAAAGAACGUAUCAAGGAAAAUAUCAACAUUUUAGACUUUUCACUUACAUCCAAUGAAGUUGAGGAGUUAUCGAGAUUUAACAAUAAUUAUCGUCUAAGAACACCCGCUAAGUGGUAUGCCCAUCCCCAUUUCCCAUUUGAGAAAAAAAACCUUACUGCUCAAGAAAUAGAGUACAUAAUCGCUCAUAGUAAGGAUGAUUAAAAUAAGGUAAAACGCUCGGAAG